AUGCCAUCCGUACCGGAUAUCAACCCCUACGCCGUCCUCGGUGUGGCCAAAGACGCCACUCUGGCCGACAUCAAAUCCGCACAUCGCAAACUCGUCUUGAAAUGUCAUCCCGACAAGAUCAAGGACGAAUCCCUACGGGAACAGGCCCAGGAUGAGUUCCAGAAGGUCCAACAGGCCUACGAACUCCUCUCUGACGAGACCCGUCGCACCAAGUACGACCAGAAGGUCCGCCUGGCCGAACUCCAUCACGAAAUGAUGAUGUCGGGCGCCCGCUCUCCGUCUGCCCGAGCCUCCAGCUCCCGUGAAUAUCGCGAUGGCCGCAUCUUUGAGACCCGCGCCCCCGCCGACGCCGGUUACGAGGACGAUGACCUGCGAUACCCCGACGAGCCCCCGCGGUCAACCUCGCGCAAGUUCGACGAGUUCAGCGCCCGUCCGCGCACCAAGGCCGCCCCCGACGACCGCCGCAAGUCCCGGUCCGUUCCCCUCAACAGCAGCAGCAGCACUCCGCGCGCCACCAGAGAAUCCCCCCGCGAUGCCGCCAAAGCGACCCACUCCGAUCGGGCCAAGUACCGUACCAAGGAACGUCGACGGGAGGUCUACGAGAAGUACGAGCGAGCCACGGCUCCGCCGCCGCACUAUGGCCGCUCCGACGACGACUAUGACGAUGCCUCCGACUCCAGCACCAGCACCGUCUACGUGAAGAUGAAGGUGCCCUCCAGUUCCCGUCGUAGCCGCCCCUCCGCCCGCAAGACCAAAUCCGCCGACACGCCGCCUCCACCACCGCGCUAUACCGCUCCGGCCUCCGACGAUGACUACUCCGAUGACUGCCACAAGUAUGACAAGCUGGCGCACACCGCCCGCGAUUACAUCCACCGCUCCGGCGGCACCGUGCCCAUCGAGAUCGACAGCCGCCGUCACCACUACCAACGGUCGUCGCGCUCGCCCCUCCGCUACCGCGAGCACGACUCGCCGGAGCCCGAGUCCUCGUCCUCGCGCCGCUCCGCCCGCUCCAAAUCCAAACGCUCCAGCAAGGAGAACGUCUCGUCCUCGCGCCACGGCUCCUACGAGGAUCUCGACCGCCGCGACUCCGCCAAGAUCCCCGUGCCGCCGCCCAUGCCCUCGGCUGCCACCGCCCCGGGCAGCAAGCAUGCCCGUCCGUCCCUGCAGACCUCCUCCCGCUCCGCCUCGUCCUACACCGGCCGUCGUGACGGCCCCGCCGCCUCCAAGCUGUACGCCAUGGCCCAGGAGCCCGUCCCGCGCGCAGCGACCACCACCACCCGCCUGCGCGCCGGCAUCGACCGCACCGACUCCGGCUACUCCAGCCCCGGCACUCCAGAGAUGGUCGCCGAGCGCGAGCCCGUCUCGAAAUCCACCUCCAAGCGCUACAAGAUCCCCCGCGACUCGCCGCCGCCCCCACCCCCAGAAACCCAAAACCAUCCUCGUCGAGCCGCCGCUGCGGCCGUCCCCACGCCACGCCCGCACCUCCGCCCCCACCCGCCCCCACGGCCCCAAACCUCCCGUCCGCAGCAACACCGCCAACUACCCCUUUGUCGCGGAGUCGCCGCGCGCAUCCGGCGGCGGCAGCAGCGGCCGGAGGAAAGCCUUCGGCGAGGUCGACUACGUCGACUGUCCGCGGGACAAGGUCAGCUACCGCGAGAUCGCCCCGGAUCAUAUCGUGAGCUCGCACCCGCGCUACUCGGCGUAUGA